AUGUUUGCGAAGGAAGCAAUAAUGAAUAAUUAUUAUAAAAUGGAUGUUUCUAUUCACGAACGUGUUCCAGAUAUGCGUAAAUAUCCACCUCUUCCAGAUAUAUUCUUGGACAAUAUGCCGUAUGUUCCCUGGGCAUUUGAAGUGUGUGAAAUGAUUGGGAUCAUUUUAGUAGCCAUGUGGUGUAUUGUGCUUUUCUUCCAUAAACAUCGGUUCAUAUUGAUGAGACGUUUAUUCUCUUUAAUGGGAACUGUAUUUUUAUUACGUUGUGUCACAAUGCUGAUCACUUCUUUAUCUGUGCCUGGAGUACACUUACAGUGUGAAGCUAAGUACAGUAAUUGGUCAUACUGUGUGUAUUACAAUGUUGAAUUUUUUCAUAUCAGAAUAUACAUCACGCCAAAGAUUUUAUUACAUUCACACUAUAACUUGGGUCCUAAACCUGUUUGGUAUUUUCUUUAUCUUAGCAGCUCAUGA